AAUUUUACAUUACAAUUUUCAGUUAAUUUAUAAUUAGCUGCUUACACAAGGACUAAUGGAGGCUUUUCAGGGAUGAAUUCAUUGAAUUGUGUAUCAAGUAAAAGUACGAAGAAGAAAAAAUCAUCUCUAGAAACAAGAAAUGAGAAGAAAGAAGCAUUCAAUAUGGCAGAUAAACCUGACAGUGAGUCACCUUCACCGUCAGUAAAUAGAUCAGAUUCAUUGAUUGAGGAAACACAUGUAACCGAUGCUGAGACCGGGCAUACAGGAAGUAUUGGAAAACAUAUUGAACAAAUAGAAAACAUUGAUGAUUCACAAAGUGAACAUGAUAUAAGUGGGAGUGAAGAAAAAACUCAAAAAUCUUGUGCAAAGGAUAUUACAGAAGUAGAGAUUAGUGGUGAUACUAUUGAAAAUAAGGAGAAGUCUGAGAUUAAUCUGGAAGAAUUAGGGUUUGUAGAGGUGAAUGAGUCUGAUGUGGUAGAUAUGGCAUCUGUAAAUGCUGGGAAAGUGAAGUUUGAUAUGGAAGUCGAAGAUGAGACUGUUGAAGUGUUUAGUGAAUUUGUUGACAUGAGGUCUGUGAUUGGAGAUAUAAAGGUUAAACACAGUGUUGAAGAAGUUGUAGAGAUAAGUGCAGAACUGCUGUUGCAAUACUUGAAGAGGCAUCAGAAAAAGCAAUAUAAAGCUGUAUUACGGAAUGGUAGCUGGGAUAUUAAACAUAACAUCAGACAUUCUUUAUGGUUUAAUAUUUGUCACUACCUACACAAAGCCGAUGAUCAUGAUAUUUUUAGUGAAUUUGCAGAGGAUUUGUUCUCACCAGGAGAUGCAUCAGAUAUUAGGGUUCCAGCGUUUGUGGACGUUGAUCACUUGAACUACUAUCACUUGUCGCAGGAUGGCAUUCACAGUGCCAAACAAAUACUGUGUGUACUGGAACACUCGUGUCCUGAUAUUAUAUACAGUCCGAUUCUGUUCUCUGUACUUAGUUUGUUCCUGCAUUACAUGGACGUAUCCCAGUGUUAUAACUGUCUAUAUUCAUUGCUGCGUAACAAAGAAAGCGGAUUCUUACCAACGACCAAAGUAUCGGUGGAAGCCUCUAAACUAGUCAUCCGAGAUCUUGCCAAAAAAUAUGCCAAAUCUGGUUAUGUGCUGGUGGUACGAAAUUGUGGUAAUGUGGACCAGGUAUUUGACACAUGGAUCUGGUGGAUAUUUGAAGAUCUCCCUUUCUCAUACUUGGUACGGAUUAUGGACUGCUACCUUAAUGAAGGUAUCAAGGUGUUUUAUCGGGUUGCCUUGGCAAUACUCACACUGUUUGCAAAGACCAAUAUCAAAAAAUCGCCAAAGAAAGACAACAGUACGGGCAAUAUUUUGUCAGCUCUGCGGCAGUUCUGUCGUGAAGUGCCAGUCGGUGUUGAUAAACUUUUAAAGACUGGGUUCUCAAUCAGAGGUCUAGGUAGGAAAGAAAUUCGCAAGCUACAAGUAAAACAUGAGAUGUAUGUCACAAGUACUAAACACGUCAACAAUUUUAACGAGGGUCAAGCGAGUCGAUUAUCAAUUACAAGGUCGUUCAGCGGACCAAUUGUCUUACAGAACCUUGGAACGGAUACUCUUACUGUAGAUAUGCCAUGCACGGAGGAUCGAUUACGGUCUAGAUCAGUUGGAUCUCUUCAGCCAUAUAUACAGGAAUCUUCAAUCCUUCAUAGGAAGAGUUUAUAUGCAAUACUAAAAUGGAUACCUACAAGGUACGCAAUCUGUCAACCGGAACUGUUAUAUACGUCAGAGGAACAUGGAACCAGUCUUGUGACGUUAUAUCAGAGGGUCGAGAACUACCAGCCUACGAUCAUAGUCAUUAAAACAACACAAGAUGAGGUGUUUGGAGCAUUUUGUUCGGCCUGUUGGAGGGACAGAAGGCAGAAGAGCCAGUUGUUAUCGUACUUUGGUACUGGCGAAACAUUCCUGUUUACGCUGUGGCCCGAGAAGAAGAAAUAUGAGUGGGUGGGGCUGAAAGAGGAAAAUAUUUCCAACACAGCCAGCAUGUUCCAGGCUGGAGACAGGAAGAUUCUCACAGUAGGAGGAGGGCAUGGCAAUGCGAUAUCAUUGGACGAGAAUCUUCUACAUUGCCGUACAGAGAAAUGUGAUACGUUCGACAACGAGCCUUUGAGCAAGUGCGAAGACUUUCAGUGUAAAGUUGUGGAGGUUUAUGGCUUUGUGUAGUGAACCGGAGUUAACCGGACCUAUGUGAUAAUAGUAGGAUGAUCUUCCAUUCCCAACAUAUUGAUGUGUAGAUUAUAAGAAUUGUGGGUAGUUACUUAAAACAUAGAAUGUGUUUAGAGAGAUUACAUGUCUGGA